AAGUUUUGUUCUUCGUAUUGGUUGCUGCAAUCUGUACUCUGCCAUUAUCACAUACUCAUUCUUUGGGGGACCUUUUUUACGAUUGAUGUUUCUUCAUUCUUGGAUUUAUAUUUAACGAGAGAGGCUCAAAGUAUAUUUAUUUAUACACUUUGUCCUUUGAAGAAUCAACAGAAAAGAGAAGGUGAUAACACAUCCGCUCUUGGCGUACGCAACGCCAGCAUUCUUGGCAGCAUCAUAAUCCUACCAUUUUCAGGAACAAAGUUAACAAGGCUGAAUUCUAUCAGAAAUACGAAAACUUUGUGUAUUCACGAGUACUUGAUUUCGGGUUUUUUGUAUUUUCUUUAGUUGCAAUCGCGGUUGAAGGGGAAGGGAGGAGAGUAUUGAAUUUACCCGGGUUUUUGGUGGUUGGACUUGCGACAAUGCGCGCUUUUACAAGAUUGGGUGCGUCGGUGUUUGCGAUGGUUCUAUCGUUAAUGACCAUCUUGGCUUUAUUACCUCAAUCGAGAUACACCGAACAUUUGAGGAAGAUUGAGAUAGGAGGGACGAGUAUUAAUGAUGUGACGGAUGGUUUGUGGGAUUGGGCAAGUGGAGAUGAUGAUGGAGGGGAUGGGGAAGAAGGAGGUGUGAGAUUGGUGGUUUUUGGAGAUAGUUGGGUUGAUGAUACGAUUGAAGAGAAUGGGGAUGGGAAGGGUAGAAGUUGGACGGAAGUUCUUUGUGAAGAGCUCUCGUGUACUUCAAAAAUCAAUCUAGCAGUAUCCCAACCCGCAUCUUCAUACCCAUCAUCACCACCCACUGGUGCCUUUUCAUCCAACAAAGUCUACCUUUCUUCCAUCAAAAAUACCGCAGGUCAAAAUAAUAUUAAAACGAAAAUUACCCCCGAAUCUAUGCUCCCCGAUCUCGAAGCUCAAGUAAAAUCCUUCAUCGCCCUUCCUCUGCCAAAAAAGAAACUCAAGGAAACAAUCUUCGUCGUCUCAUUCGGCACGUGGGAUGUAUGGCAUUAUGCAUCUCUCGAUUAUACCAAAGCUCAAGAGGCCCAAAACAAAGCUGUCACAGAAAUGUUCGCACAACUCGAUAAUUUAUACGCACAUCAUAGGGAAACUUUGGAAGUUACUCACGUUGUCGAAAAACCACAUAACGAAUCGCAUGUUGUGCCCAAACCACAAUUUAGAAUCGUCAUUCAAAAACUUUUCGAUCCUACAAUGUUGCCUGGUUGGAUCAGUCAAAGACCUAUUCCAUUGAAACCUAGUUCUGUGUCGGAACACCAAAAGAAUGCUGUUUCGUUGGUGAGAGAUUGGGAUAAUAGUGUGGAAAACUUUAUCAAGCCUUGGUUUGCUAGUACGCCAGAAGCCACCACUACUUCUGAAUGGGCUGAACCAGCACCAGCACCAGAAGAACAAGGAUCUGGAGAUGCGGUUCCAGAAACAUUCGACCAGAACGAUGGACAGCAAUCGCAAUCACAAGAAAAGCGAGAGUCGGAAGGCGUUGUUGAGGCGGAAAAUGAACCGGAUAUUCCUCCACCACAAAAAGAUAUCUAUUACUAUGAUCUCAAUAGAUUCCUCACGGAAAUUAUUAUAGAACAUCAAUUGGAAGAUGAAGGAUUAUCUGAUGCGAGUGGACUCGGUACAAAAGAAAGUCCAUAUGUUUCCGUAUAUGAUCCUUGUGUACGAGCGGGAGAUGACAGGGCGAGCAAGAAAAGAGGACCUGGGGAGAAGCGAAAAUCGGGAAAAAUCAAUAAGGGAAGUGAGAAGAGAGGAGAAAUGAAAGAUACGAGGGCUUUACCGGAUAUUAAUGGAUUACUCGUCUGUGACCAACCGGAUGAGUAUCUUUUCUGGGAUGAUUUUAAUAUGGGGGGACAGGCGAAGGAGACGGUGGGGAGGGAGAUUGCGAAGAUGAUUAGAGAGGGGAAGACGUUGAGGAAGAGUUGGGGAGAUGGGACUGUCCCCGGGGUGUGA